CAAUUCUCCCCCCACCUCUCCCAUUUCCCGUCGGAUCCGUCUAGCUGCGUCUAAUACUUCAACUAAAAAAAAUGGAAAGCCCCGAUCAAGAUCGAACGGCCGAGAGUGAGUCUCAGCCCAUCGCUAGGCGAAUCGAACGGCUCUCGCUUCACCUGAGCCCCGUACCGCGUCCCUUUUCCGGUACCGACGACGACAGCCAGCUUGAGGUGCUGAAGUGCUCCAGAGGAGCGCCGAAGAUUAGCGUGGACACGGAAAAUCUGUCGAAUUACAUGAGAGGAAAGCACCGAGAGAUUCAGGAGCGAGUUUUCAACUACUUCAACUCCAGGCCGGAGCUCCAGACCCCGAUUGAGAUCUCCAAAGACGAUCACCGCGAGCUCUGCAUGAGCCAGCUUCGUGGGCUGGUCCUGGAGGCCGGAGUUCGGCCAUUUCGCGCCUUGCUCGAAGACCCGGCUCAAUACUUUGCCAUUCUCGAAGCCGUUGGGAGCAUCGACAUGUCGCUUGGAAUUAAGACUGGGGUUCAAUUCAGCCUUUGGGGAGGAUCUGUAAUAAAUUUAGGAACCAAGAAGCACAGGGAUAAGUACUUCGAUGGUAUUGACAGUUUGGAAUAUUUAGGCUGUUUUGCUAUGACUGAGCUCCAUCAUGGUUCAAAUGUUCAAGGCCUCCAAACAACAGCAACAUUUGAUCCAUUCACAGAUGAGUUUAUAAUCAACACCCCAAAUGAUGGGGCCAUCAAAUGGUGGAUUGGUAACGCUGCUGUCCAUGGAAAGUUUGCUUCUGUUUUUGCUAAGCUGAUGUUGCCAACUCAUGAUUCGAAAGGAGUUUCAGAUAUGGGUGUCCAUGCCUUCAUUGUGCCAAUAAGGGAUUUGAAGACCCACCAAACUCUUCCUGGUAUUGAAAUACAUGAUUGUGGUCAUAAGGUUGGUCUUAAUGGUGUAGAUAAUGGAGCACUUAGAUUCCGUUCAGUCAGGAUUCCUCGUGACAAUCUUCUUAAUCGAUUUGGAGAUGUCUCUAGGGAUGGUAAAUACACAAGUAGCCUCCCCACAAUAAACAAAAGAUUUGCUGCAACAUUAGGUGAACUUGUUGGUGGGAGAGUUGGCCUGGCAUAUUCUUCUGUAAGUGUCCUCAAGCUUGCUUCCACAAUUGCAAUACGGUAUUCAUUACUUCGCCAGCAGUUUGGUCCUCCCAAGCAGCCUGAAGUCAGUAUACUUGAUUACCAAUCUCACCAGCAUAAGCUUAUGCCAAUGCUCGCUUCGACAUAUGCAUUCCAUUUCUCAACAGUAUAUUUGGUGGAAAAGUAUGCAGAGAUGAAAAAGUCCCAUGAUGAGCAAUUGAAUGCUGAUGUCCAUGCACUUUCAGCAGGCCUCAAGGCAUAUGUGACAUCAUACACGGCAAAGUCAUUGAGCAUCUGUAGGGAAGCUUGUGGAGGCCAUGGGUAUGCUGCUGUUAACCGCUUUGGUAUGCUGAGGAAUGAUCACGACAUUUUCCAGACAUUUGAAGGGGACAAUACAGUGCUACUGCAACAGGUGGCAGGUGAUCUGUUGAAGCAAUACCAGGAGAAGUUCCAAGGUGGCACUUUCACAGUUACAUGGAACUACCUGAAAGAGUCCAUGAACACAUACCUAUCUCAGCCAAAUCCUGUAACUGCUCGGUGGGAAAGUUCAGACCAUUUGCGAGAUCCUAAGUUUCAGUUAGAUGCAUUUAGAUAUCGAACAUCACGGUUGCUUCAAAGUGUUGCUGUGCGACUGCGUAAGCACUCUAAAACUCUAGGGGGUUUUGGUGCUUGGAAUAGAUGCUUAAAUCACCUUUUAACACUGGCGGAAUCCCAUGUAGAAACUGUCAUCCUUGCUAAGUUUAUUGAUGCCGUGGAAAGCUGUCCUGUUCCAAGUUCUCGGGCUGCUUUGAAACUCGUCUGUGAUCUGUAUGCCUUGGACCGAAUCUGGAAGGACAUAGGAACCUACCGAAAUGUUGACUACGUAGCUCCCAACAAAGCUAAGGCAAUUCACAAACUGUCAGAGUACCUGAGCUUCCAAGUGAGAAAUAUUGCAAAGGAACUUGUAGACGCGUUUGAUCUUCCGGAUGAGGUCACAAGGGCCCCAAUAGCAAUGAAGUCAGACGCCUAUGCUCAUUACACCCAAUAUGCGGGGUUCUAAGCCCCAAAAUACAAAACAUACAGCACCAAAGUAGAUGUUUAAAAUAACCAAAUUUGGUGAAAACUUGCAACUUGGGAGAUGAUGUUAUUUCUCAUUCUCCCAUUAAAGAUGUGAACACUUUCUUAUUUUUUAUUUUUUUUGUUUCCAGAUAUAUAUUUAUAACUUUCAUUAA